AUGGUUAAUCAUCAGAAAAGAUCUAUUAGUUAUUUCAGCAGUCAUAUACAUGUCCGUGUAGAGACCUUGCUCAUCCUUGAAGAGCUUCACUUCCUCACCUUCUUCACCUUCCUUGCUCAAAUCGAGACAAUUCUCAACUCCAGACCUUUAGAGCCAAUGAGUGACGACCCUGAAGAUGUCUCGCCACUCACCCCAAAACAUUUCCUUAUAGGCAGCUCGCUCACAACUAUCCUAGAACCAUCUCUCAAGGAGUUGUCAAUUUCAGAAUUGUAUCGCUGGCAAUUCAUACAACAACUUGCAAAACAAUUUUGGCAAUCAAUUUCCAAAUGGCAUCAUCCGCAGAAUGAUAUCAAAAUUGGUUCGUUGGUAUUUAUCACCGUCGAGCGUUUUCCACCGUGCAAAUGGCCCCUCGCCCGAGUAAUCAAUACAUAUCCUAGCAAAGAUGGGCUGAUUAGAGUAAUCACACUGAAAACAGCUUCGUAUACCAUGGUAAGGCCAAUACAUAAACUGGCAGUGACACCAGUCUCAAAUCAAUAG